CUCCACUGUAUUAGUGCACCUCGCUUGUGGAUUUCUUCAGCGAACAGCAGAUCUCUCGCCAAAAGACUUUCAUCUCCAUUUUCAAGUCCAUCAUAACUUCUUUUGCAAUAAAACAGGGUCUUCGACUAAAAUCAAGUGGAACUUCUACGACGCUUCUAGAGGCCUUCUUUCAUUAACCAUACAUCAUCGAUUUGUCUUUAGCCUCGGAGCACGUCGCGCGUCUUUUCAUGUGCUUGUCCCAACAAAACUACCCUGGUCCAACAACACAACAAUAAACGACCGGAGAAGUGGAACUUGGUUCAUAUAUAAGUCGAGAACUAAGGCGCAAGGACAAAAGCUCUUGUCGGUUAACGAUUCUAUGCAAAGUUCCUGAUUCUAGCUGCAUUUGUUCCGAGUCUGGAUAGCCUCAUUUCAUCAUGGCCGAUACUCAGCCCUACGGCGUUCGCAAUCGCCGGCCUUCAGUCACAGACAACCUUAUCAAUGCCGCUAAGAACUUCGAAUCAAAGUUUGAACAAUCUCUACUCAUUCUGUGGGAUGAUCUCCCAGCUUGGCGUCGCGACAAUGCCUUCAUCCUCUCGGGCUACCGCCAAUCUCAUGGCUCUUAUGCCCAUUCAUUCCGCUCCCUCUUUUACCUCCACAAUGAGUCCGUUAAUAUCUGGUCUCACCUCCUCGGUGCCAUAGUUUUUCUCGCUAGUGCAGCCUACGUUGAUCGAGUUGUCCGGCCACGGUACGAAAGCGCAAGCAGUGCUGAUGUACUCGUCUUUGCAUGCUUCUUUGGAGGCGCUGUUGUAUGUCUGGGGAUGAGUGCUACGUACCACACUUUGUCGAAUCACAGCGAUACUGUUUCAAAGUGGGGUAACAAGUUGGAUUACACAGGCAUCGUGGCUUUGAUCGUUGGCAGCUAUGUUCCUGCUCUGUAUUACGGCUUUUUCUGUUUGCCUAAUUUGAUGGUUUUCUAUUUAUGGGUUGUAAGUCUGUAAUGUUGUUUACUGAUGGUAGAGAAACUCGCUGACAAAGUAGAUAUGUAUACUUGGUCUUGGAUGCACAAUCGUUUCAUGGGUUGAGCGCUUCCGGACCCCAGCAUGGCGUCCGUACCGUGCAAUGAUGUUCAUCGGCCUUGGUCUCUCUGGCAUUGUUCCUGUCAUCCAUGGCCUAUUCAUCUAUGGUUACCAGGGUCUUGAAGAUCGCAUGAGUCUCAGCUGGGUUCUCCUCCACGGGGUCAUGUACAUCUUUGGCGCUGUACUCUAUGCGGUAUGUCCUCCCUGACUCUUCACGCAAAGCAUCUAAAUCUGACUUAAUA